UUUUGAAUAUUAUGAGAAGAGGCGAAAUUUGUAUUCCAGUGACAAUGACCAUCAUAUCACAUUCCCAGAUGGAAUGAGAGGUCAAAAUAGCUCUGUGUGCACAAAUGUAUGCGGACAGCAGGCUACUGAGCUGUGGAUGUUGGUGAAUGUAGACCUGGCAGGGACGACGCUGUGUUUUGCACGGGGAUGACAAGGUAAGAGAAGAGUCAGUUAAACCAAACCUCUGACCUUAGCUCCUGUGGAGGAGCCUUCAGACUCAGAUAUGACUGUGAUGAGGAAGAGGUUCUCCUCAGUCUGUUCCUCUUCCUCAGCUGAAGAAGACAGUGCAAGCCUCUAUGACAGCGUUCCCAUUUCUGCCUCUGACCCACCCAGUGAACAGGAACAUCCCUAUGCAUCUCUGCUCUGUUGCCAUCGAGUCCAAGACUCUCUGUUGAGCUCCAACAGCAGCUUCACCAGAUACAGAGGCAUCCUCAACUGGAUCAUUAUUCUCCUGGUCCUCACUCACGCUCACCUGUUCUUGGAGAAUUUUAUACAACAUGGCUUUUUGAUAGAUGUCAAAAAGGUCUUGGAGCAUCUUAUUGAGGACAACUGUAACUGGCCAUCUGUCAACCUCAUACUGGCUGCCAACAUGUUUGCCAUUACAGCUUUGCUCCUUGAGAGGUCUCAGGAAAAGGGUAUGCUGUCCCCCACCAACACUCAUCGUUUACAUCUCACAAAUCUGGGGUUGCUCCUGCUAUUUCCUGCUGCAGUCAUUGUACAUGAGCCCACAAUAUCUACAGGUGGUGCGUUCUUCUCUCUCUGGUUCUACACUGCUCUGGGGAUGAAGCUUUAUUCAUACCAGGAAACGAAUCGCUGGUACCGACAGGCUGAUGCAGAGACAGACAAGAAUGUUUCUGUUGCGCAAAAAGCACCCGGUCAGCAUCUCACUUUACAAGAUCUGUAUUAUUUCCUCCUUGCCCCCACUCUGUGCUACCAGAGAGACUUCCCAUGUACUCCUAAGGUCCGCAUCAAUAAGCUCCUGCACAGGCUGCUGGAGAUGGUGAUCGUUAUCCAGAUCAUGGUUGGAAUUGUGCAGCAGUGGAUUGAACCCAUCUUCCAGAGAUCAGAAAACUCCUUCUCUAGUAUGGACAUCACUAUGAGAGUGGAGCACCUGGUGGGACUGGUGGCUCCAACCCAUUUCCUCUGGCUCCUCGUCUUCUUCUUGAGUCAUUCCUACCUGAAUUUCUGUGCAGAACUGCUGCGCUUCGGUGAUCGCCAUUUUUAUGGAGACUGGUGGAACGCCACAACUCUGAUCACUUUCUGGAAGCACUGGAACAUUCCCUGUCAGAAGUGGUGUCACAGACAUGUGUACACACGGCUGGUGGAAAAGAAUGUGCCCCCGUCACGAGCAGAGUUACUGGUCUUCCUGAUGUCAGCUGCUCUUUGUGAGUGUAUGAUUGCUCUGCCCCUGCAUAGCUGUCGUCUGUGGAUCUUCCUCAUGAUGAUAUUUGAGCUUAUGGUUGCAGUGUUCCUCGGAAACUAUUUCCAGGGAAACUAUGGCAACGGUUUAGUGUGGCUGUGCCUGCUGCUGGGCCCUCCUCUGGCUGUGACCACUUACUUUCACGACCACUACAUCAGCUUCCAUCGCCAUCAUCAUCAGUCAUCAUCCUCACCGCUGACAUCAGACCACCGUCUUCCCGGAGCAGUUUUCCUGCAGGCUCACUGAUUCUGUCCUGCUGUACUGUGUGCGGCUGUGAUCCAAAGCUCAGUGAAGUCGGCUCCAUUCUGACGUCUGGAAAACAUUUUGGAGUAAUAAUCCACGACCUCUGCCCAGUUCAGUAAUAUAUAUAUGGUGUGUAGACUCAUUAAUGGACCGAUUCCAUACUGGAAAAGACUGACUCACAAAUGAUGCUACUAUACUUCCACAUCUGACUAAUAUUUAUGCAAUAAAUAACUAACUUUUUACAUCUGAUGCUUGUUGAAUGUGACCGAGAAAUGAACUGCAACAUGGUGAGUGUGCAACAAUCUCCGCCACUGAUCAUUCCUGUUAGAAUGACGUGGGUCAGCAGCACCGAAGAUAAGGUUGCCGCUUACACACUGCUCAUUCAUCAUGCGGUUAAGGGGCCCUAGUUAAUUUAAGUUUACUGUAAGUUUCGGGCGACACGGUCCAAUCAGGAAAUAGAGGGAAUGAUUGUGCUGUACUUCAUGGUUCAAUGAGUGUGGAAUGAGUCAAGUAAACUUUGCAACGGCCUUAAUGACAGUUAGAAAUGUUCUGUAUUGUUCUCAUAACUCUGGUAUAUUUUUAUUUUUUUUAUUUUAAAGCAUAUAGUGAAUUAUACAGGCAUGCCACUGAAAGAUGUGUACUAUCCAACAGAGGUGUGAACUCACAAAUUUUAGACUUGACUUCAUUUUGUUUUGUUUGUUCUGUUGUUAAAAUGGCAGUAUGUUUGGUGAAGAGUGCAUUAUGACUUGUUUAGGACUUUAAACUCAAUGUUAAGUCUUUUCUCUGGACUUAAGUGCAAAGACUUGAGACUUACUUGGGACUUCCAAAACAAUGACUUGGUGCCAUCUCUGCUACCCAAUGUUGGAACAGAUUCUCUUCGAUUGUGCAUCUUUAGUAUAAUUACAGAGCCCAUUAGACCUUUGAUGCAAAGAAAUUUGCCUCAUCUUGAUGUCUGUGAUGGUAAAAGUGAUGAUCAACACAUGGUGCAUAGUCUGUCAGUGCUCUUUUUUUCCCUGUGACAACUAAACAAAAGGACCCCAGAUUGUUCAUAAGGCCAAAGCAGGAUUAAGCCUCUAGGGCAGGGGCACCCAAACUUUUUUCCUUGUAGAACUGAAAUUAAAUGGAGGGCACCUAUUACACCUAUUGUAUUGUUAAGAUGCAAAUGGUACUAGGAUCCCAAGUUCCAUUAUUGACUGCUGCCCAUAUUAUGAAAACAAAAUAAUAAUUAGGGAUACUACAUAAUAAACCUGAUCAUAGAUCCCAUAAAUGAUCACUCUUCUCUUUAUGUCAAUUUUGGCCUUACAGCGGUCAAGCAGCCGGCUCAGUUUGAUGUGGAGUUUCAGUCGGGUGUUUGUGUGAUGUCAACACACGACUCUGUGCUCAGGGACACCACAAAUGGAGGAAGAGUGACCACUGCUGGGUUUGAGAACUUAAAAGAAACCUUGACGGAGGACACAUGAAAGUAGAAGAAUCACCUCUCUAGAGCAAAUGUUUCUAGUCCAUGCAUUGUGCAUUAUGUGUUUUAUGUAUUGAGAAUGUAUUUUUGUUUCUUGUCUUAAUCAUUUGAACCACAGCUUAUAAACCAAAUCCCCCCUCUUGGACAUUAAAUGGCAAAAAAUAAAAAAAGAACUGUAGCCUACACAA